AUGGUGUCUGAGGAGCGCCUCGAGAAGCUGCGCGGGCUGACCAAGUCUGCCGUCGAUGCCCUCCCUGACCGCCGCAUCUCCCCAGAUCGUAUGUUUGACGACUCGGACUCCUCUGGUGGUGUGCUCCUCGAGCCUCACUUGCUAGACAUGCCUCUCCCCCAACAAGAUGUUAAACAUCCUCCCACAACCAAUCUUCGGCGUGGAGAAUUAGCUUCAGCACAUGACCAUUUCACACCGAUCCAAGCAUUGGCCAAGUAUCCAUACACGUACUGCGACAAGAGCCACAUGCAACCCAUUGCCUCUGCUAUUUUUGACCAAGGAAAGUUUUGGAACCGAGUUUGGGAUAUUUACUAUGUCUGGCCCACCGAUUCUUCCAAACCUACCCUCGUGGUCCACGAGAACCAGGUUCAGGCUCUGCUUACCGAGAUCAAUCAUCAGCUUCAACUUGACCUCCGUAUUACCAAUCACCAACGAGAGGAAGGCCUGGUGAUACGCUUCCCUGACCAUCCUCGGUGCUUACCAAGAUAUCUUGGGCGCUCACAGUCACGCCAGGAUAUCGAAGAUAUGAUCACAAUCACACCGAAUGAGACAUAUCGAGCCGUUGGAGAACCCCCUCAUCCAAUUCUCCAGCCUGCCGAGUUGGAGGCUUUCAACAAGUUGAUGGAGGAUAUUGCAAAAGUGCAGAAACCGAAAGGAAAGGCGAAGGCUAAGAGACAGCAAGACCGUUUAGCCAAGAACAAAACAAUGGCGAGCCAGUUCAAGCGCGCGCAGAGGCAUCUGGGGCUCCGUGAAGCUGAGCAAAUGCACCCAUCGGCAGAACCUAGAUCAUCUCCAGCUGUCGAUUCAUCUAUGCCUGCCCCAUUCAUGUUCGAACAGUCUGUAGUCUUCGUUUGCGUCGAUGUAGAAUCGUAUGAGGGAGCCCAUCACAAGAUCACUGAAGUUGGAGUCGCUACACUGGACACACGAGACCUGCAAGGCGUCGCACCAGGCGAAAAUGGAAAAGCAUGGAGAGAGAUGAUUCGAGCUCGUCACUUUCGCAUCAAAGAGUACAAGCACCUAGUAAACCAUCUCUACGUCAUAGGACACCCUGAUGGCUUCUUGUUUGGCAAAUCCACGUUGAUCUCGCUCAAUGAAGCCGCAAAUCAUGUCGCGGCCUGUUUCCGAGCACCAUUUGGGGGUGUGGACACGCCGACUGAGCAGUCGAAUGAGAAACGCAACAUCAUUCUCCUUGGGCAUGAUACAUUGGGCGAUGUCCAUUAUUUACAGCAACUUGGUUAUGAUCCGGUAAAAGAGGGAAACAUCCUUGAAGUCAUGGACACGGCCACCAUGUACCGUGUCUGGCACCGCGAUCAGCAGCCCACCAAGUUAGGCAACAUACUGGGCGAUUUCGACAUUGUUGGAUGGAAACUUCAUAAUGCUGGCAAUGACGCGGUAUACACGCUGCAAGCUAUGCUGGGAAUCUGCGUCCGUGAGGCUACGAGUCGUGGUUCUCUAGACUCCGAGGAGAUGCUUGAGAUUAACCAAACUGCGGAAAGUCACCGCAGUCCACCAGUGCCGCAUGCUGCCGAUCUCACAAAGUUAACGCAGUUGGAACAGGCGGCCGUGCCACAAUACGAUGGCUCGUCUGACAUUGGUAUCUAUAGCGAACAAGAACAUGGUCAUGUCCGAGGCGUCGUGGAUAUUUCGCGAAGAGAGGACAAUUGCUGUGCUUCCAGCGGAGACUAUAGCUCGUCCGAAAGAGAAGUGUACAAUGGCUCAUGGCACUGUCAGACGAAACACGCAGGGCUGGCUAUGGAAGCGACUCAUGCUCAGGAGCAAGGGCAUUGGCAGGACCUCUUAGAUGUGUCCGCGAACAUGGCCAGCUCUGAAAACAUUCCCAAUGUGCAAUACUAUUGGUAAGUAAGGGACAUGAUGGCAAUGUGUCGGCAACGAAUCGGAAAGUGCUACCUAUGGGCUCAUGCGCACAAUGUACUUCUCUUUUGGGUUUUCAGGUGCGGCUAGGCAU